GAACGAGUGCGUAAGCGUGAGAUUGCCGCCUAGAAUUUCCUUCUGGGUACCUUAAGCCAUGAAGUUGACAAGUCUUUUGCCCGUUCAUUCCCUUUGACUCUGACCAUCUACAUGGUCCCACAUACCAACAUUAGAGAUUCGUUGUAGCAGUAUUCGCGCAGCCAGAGCCAACACGACGUCCAACCCAAUGUCGCAGCAAGUCGAGAAUAGAUCAUUUAUAGAUGACCUGGAUUCUUUCAUCGAGAUGGCCCGGGAGGUCAUCGAGGUAGCACCAGCAGAUGAUCUCGAUCGAAUCAUCUGGCUGCACGAGCUUGGGAAUACUUUACGUCGUCGCUUCACCGAAACUGGCAUGCUCGCUGAUCUAGAGGAGGCGAUCAAGGUGGGGCAAGAAGCAAUCGAUUCUGCCCCAGAUAACUAUAUUCAUCGAGGUGCUCUCCUGGACAGCCUGGGUGUUCGGCUGGCGAUUCGAUUUGCCAAAACUGGAUCUCUGUCCGAUCUCGAACGCGCUAUUCGAGUGACACGGCAAGCAAUCGAUACGGCGCCAGGCUCAGAUGAGGAUAGAGCCAUGCGGUUAACGCACUUGGCAAAUCACCUAGGAGAGCGCUACGAGCGAACGGGAUCUUCCAUCGAUCUUGAAGAGGCGAUAGAAGUGGCCCAGUCAUCCGUUGAUAUGACCUCACUGGAUAGCCCGAACAGACCUGGAAGGCUCAAUACACUGGCGAACCAACUGCAUGAACGUUACGGAAGAAGCGGGAUUCUCAGCGAGCUCAACAAAGUUAUUGAAAUCUGUCGCGAAAUCACCAAAGCUGCUCCAAAGGACUCUGGCGCUCAAGUUCUCUUAAAGUCCAAUCUGGGAGGUCAUCUCGGAGAUCGGUACCUUAGAACACGCGACAUGAAGGACCUCAAUGAAGCCAUUCAGCUCUCACAAGAGGCAUUGACCCAGCUGCCGCUAGGUCAUGCGGACAUUCCCAGCCUUUCGAGUAACCUAUCCAUCUGGCUUGCGAAGCGGUAUACACGAAAUCGAGAACCAACAGAUGUCGAGGAGGCUAUCAACAUGGGACACCGAUCUAUCGCCGCUGCUCAACCAGGAAAUCCCAGCCUGGCUCAGUACAUGAGUAACCUUGCAGACUGUUACUGGAAUCGCCAUACCUUGAGUAAUUGCACGGAUGACUUUGACGAUGCCGUAAAACUUUACCAGUCUGCCCUAAACCACUCCAACUCUAAUAUCCACUCAAGAAUCGCAGCCGGGAAAUGUCUCUUUGAAACGUUUGCGCAUGCUUCUCAAUGGCAACAUGCUCUUGAUGCUUCGCAAUCAACCUUCGACCUGUUGCCACAAUUAACGCCCCGGUCCCUCGGUUUCGCCGAUAAGCAGCGUAUGCUUGGUCGCGUGGUAGAUCUUGCGUGCGAUACCGCAGCCGUGGUACUCAACGCUGGCAAAGAACCAUUUUUUGCGCUAAGUGUACUCGAGAAAGGUCGUGGAGUACUGGCUGCAGCAAUUGAACAGAUUCGUGUGGAUGUUCUCGAUCUUGAAGAGAGCCACCCCGAUCUCGCUCGACGAUUCCUGGAACUCAGAGAGGUGCUCGAUGCGCCCAUUCAAGGUGGUGAUUCGGCCUCAUCUCAGGCUAUCGCAAACCGCCGAGGCGAGGCAAGUGUCGAAAUAGACAACCUCGUUGCUGAGAUUCGGAAUCAACCGGAGUUCAGCAGCUUCCUGGAAUCACCAAGCGAGGAGGACAUUCGAGCUGCAGCCAGUUUAGGACCUGUUGUGAUUAUCAACCUAAGCAAGUUUCGGUGCGAUGCUAUUCUUGUCGAACAACGUCAAAUUAGGUCACUACCCUUGCCCGAUCUGACUAAUGACAAGAUGGACGAGAAAGAGAGCCAGGGUUCUUUAAGGAGUCCUUCUAUGCUGAAGUGGCUUUGGGAUGUAGCUGCCAAACCUAUCCUCCUUGCACUAGGUAUUGGAGUUCCUCCAGUAGACGAUGACUGGCCUCACGUCUGGUGGAUUCCAACUGGCAGACUGGGUAGACUCCCAUUCCACGCCUUCGGAAAUCAUUUUCCAGGUUCAACCGAGACGGUGCUAGAUAGAGUUAUCUCAUCGUAUAGUUCAUCCAUACAAGCCCUGAUUAACGGCCGAAAGCAUCGCUCAAACUCCGCUCAAGAUAAAGCCGUCUUGGUAGCAAUGGAAGAUACUGUUGGACAGAUCAAGCUUCCCUUCGUCAAAGAAGAGGUCUCAACUAUCGUCAACCUCUGUAAGUCAAUGAACCUUGAGUCUUGCGUUCCAAACCAACACAAGGAAGCGGUCUUGGAAGAGCUUCAAAACUGCAGAAUCUUCCAUUUUGCUGGCCAUGGUAAAACGGAUGGCAACCCUUCUCAAAGCGGAUUGCUUCUCACCGAUGGCAUAUUGACGGUAUCUGAACUUAUGGAUAUCAAUCUUCGCAAGCAUGUUCCAUUUUUGGCAUAUCUUUCUGCUUGUGGUACAGGUCAGGUUGGAGGAAAUGCUUUCAUCGAUGAGAGCAUUCACCUGAUCAGCGCAUGUCAGCUAGCGGGAUUUCGGCAUGUGGUCGGUACACUCUGGGAAGUCAGUGAUAAGUCAUGUGUCGAAGUAUCAAGAAAUAUCUACGAGUCUAUAAGAGAUGGAGGGUUCUCAGACAGAUCUGUUUGCUGGGGUCUGCACAAAGCUAUGAGGCAACUCCGAGAUGAGUGGUUAAGUACACCGGAGCAACGCCUGGAUCAGAUGGGUUGCGGCGAUAGAGAAGGGAUAUGGUCAAGAGACAUUGUUUCUUGUGACGAGGAUGACGAAAAGAUCGAGAAACUUGUCUGGGUCCCCUUUGUCCAUUUUGGAGGAUAAGGUACAGCCACGGAGGGGUACGGUGUAGUUUUAAAGGGACAAUAGCACUGCUUACAUAUCCUGUUAACUACCAUGAUAUUAGUGUGGUAUGAAGGUCAGUCCCACUUGGCCUUCUCGCUAAAGUUACAAAACUCCCAUUUGAGUUCGUUGCAAAUUUGUAGGUAAGCCAUUAUCACCAAUAUAUACAAAC